AUGGCGGUCGCUGCAACACACACAGAAAAGGACAUCGUCAGCACAACUGAAGACAAUGGCACGGUCGCCUAUGCCAUCGACCCGGCCGAGGAGAAGCGCGUCCUUCGCAAGAUCGACAGGCGAGUCAUGCCACUGAUGUUUCUGGUAUUCUUUUUCCAGUUCCUCGACAAGCAAACCAUCAACUUUGCAUCUGUCUUUGGCAUGCAGCAAGACUUGAACGUUGACGGCCAUGAGUUCUCCUGGGCCGUGUCGCUCUUCUACUUUGGACUCCUGGCGGCCCAAUUUCCCAUGACCUAUUUCAUCGGCCGUUUCCGGGUUACGAUUGUCGUGUCCAUCGCUGUUAUCCUUUGGGGUACGUGCGAGAUGUGCUUGGCAGCACCUCACAAUGCGGUAGGUCUGCUUUCGGCAAGAUUCUUCCUCGGUUUCUGCGAAGGUGUCGCGGCUCCGGGCUUCGUCGUCAUCACCAGCAACUUCUACAAACGGUCGGAGCAUCCUAUACGUGUGGCUGUCUGGCAAGGAACGAACGGAGUCGCUCAAAUUGUCGGCGGCGUCUUGAUGUAUGUCAUCGGUCAGUCCGACUCCUUGGCUCUCGCCAGCUGGAGGGUCAUUUUCAUCGUCUGUGGCGCCGGGACCGUCGGUGCGGGCUUACUCUUCACUUUCUUGAUGCCGAGAGAUCCUUCAUCCGCCACAUUUUUGAACGAAGCAGAACGUCGCAUUGCGAUCGAAAGAUUGGCCAAUGAUCGCGCGACAAGAGAUCGAAACCAGUUCAACAGUGCUCAGGUAAAAGAGGCAUUCAUGGACCCGCAGACGUGGUUCUUCUUCGUUUUCGCUUUCCUAACGACUAUGUCCUCUCCCAUUCUGAAGUUCUCAUCUCUUGUCAUCAACGGUUUCGGCUUUUCAAAGUUCCGCACGAUGCUGGUCGGACUUCCUAGCGGAGCCCUGCAGAUUAUCACCACAUGGUCAGCGGCAUUCCUCAUGAGCUAUACCAAGAGCUUCCGCUGCUUCUCUGGAAUACUGUUCUCGAUCAUACCACUCCUUGGAAGUAUCCUCCUACUCUGUCUACCUGCAAGCGCUGGUUGGGGCAUCGUGGUCAGCACCUGGCUGGCAGCUCAAUCCUCGUCACUGAUCCAGGUCAGCCUGAGUAUUCUUGCUUCCAAUGUGAAGGGCAACACGAAAAAGUCAGCAGUCAGCGCGAUAUUCUUCUUGGCUUACUCGACGGGUUGCAUUGCUUCACCACAGCUCUGGCAGAGCCAGGAUGCGCCCAGGUACACCAAGGGCGUCAUUGCAAGUAUCGCGAGCUGGGGUUUGUUGAUGAUCGCGCUUCUGGCUUACUACUUUAUAUUCCGACAAGUCAACUUGAAUCGAGAAGCAGAGGUGAGAGAGCUAGAGCCCACUGAUGGCGGGAAGACUGAGCUGGACAUGGCGGUGGACGUGAAUUCUGACCUUACCGAUAAGCAGGAUCGGAAGUUCAAGUAUACUCUUUAG